CUCAUCUUCUAAUCGAGCUGUUCUUGACUAUCAAUAGAUCCCCCUAGGGGCGUAGAGCAACACUGAACUUCCAUUCCUAGCAGACGCGCAGAUUAAGGUUAAAGCUAGAAAGUAGAAGAAACACAGCCAUCAAGCUCAAGAACAGUGUUCUUCAUCAUACAGCCUAGCCUGUUGCUAACAAACGCUGUUCCAUCCAACCCCUCAAACCCCACUUCAGAGACCGACCAUGUUUAUCCUCCACCUUUGUGCACCCCCCUUUCAAUUACCUCCUCUCUCACACCUCGAACUUUCCCGUCAAUCCAACCAAAACCCGCCAUUUCCAAUCGUCUCAAUUUCAGUUCAAACCUUUUUUCGACACAAGAAAUGCUUAUUCAUUGCUGAAUUGAGUCGAAACCAAAGAAUGAAGAGUACAAAGUUAGAAGACCAAAUAGAAGAAGACAAUGUCCAUGAUGACAUUGAUUAUGAUGAUGAUGAAGAUGAGGAUGGGUUUUCGGAUCGGAGUCGAUUUAGAGGAAGAGAAGAGGAGAAGGAUUAUGACAGGAACCCUGAAUUUGCUGAAAUUCUUGGGAGUUGUCUUGAUGACCCGGCGAAAGCUCGGUCCAAAAUGGAGGAGAGAUUGAGGAAGAAAAGAAGCAAAAUAUUGCACACAAAAACUGGCUCAGCAACACCCAUGAAAGUGACUUUCAAAAAAUUUGAUUUCUCAAACUCAUAUAUAUGGUUUGAAUUCUACAAUGCCCCAUUGGAGCAAGAUGUUUCCUUAAUUUGUAAUUUAUCACAGUCUCCUUUGGAUAAAAGACCUAGUUAUGAUACCAUUCGGGGAGCAAAUGUUAACCCAGCUACAUUUUAUAACAUUGGGGACCUUGAGAUUCAGGACAACUUGGCACGCAUAUGGGUAGAUAUUGGAACUAGUGAACCACUGCUGUUAGAUAUUCUGAUAAAUGCAUUGACACAACUAAGCUCCGACUAUGUUGGAAUUAAGCAAGUGGUGUUUGGUGGAUCUGAGUUCGAGAACUGGACGGAGAAUUUGAAGUCAGAGGUUGCAGGUUGUAGUGUUCACAAAAUUUAGGCAAUUUAACACCCCCAGUAUAUCGAUCACUGGACCUUUUUCCUUUUCCUUUUCGGCUGCUCUUUGUUCCUGAUCAAACCAAGAAAAAGGUAUAGAAUCUAUGGAUUAGUCGAAAAACCAUAGAUUGGCAAGAGGCUAAAGGUUUCAUGUAUCAUCCUCAGAGCAAAUUUUCACAAGGUCAUGUUCUCAUGUUCAUCGGGUUUCAAGACCAAAAGCCGUGUUUAAGUUUGAAUUUCAUUAGUUUCUGUUGAAGUUUUUUGUUCUGAGCCCAGCUUUUUUAAAAAUAUACUGGCUUUAGGAAUAUAGGUUUGAUAAUGCAGUGAAUGAGUGAACUUUGAGACUUAUCUCCAUAGUAGACUUAGAGCAAUUCCAACGC